AUGGUGAAGAGCCUCACUUUCCUGAUUGCAGUCCUGGCCAUUGCAGAUAACUUAGGAUGGGAAUGGAUGGGGGAUGCAGCUGGAACUGAUCUGUCAUCCUCGUCAGCACAGACCCAAGGAUGCGAAUGCUCAGCUACGAUGUCCUGCAGUUGCUGCCAGAGUGUGGCUGUUAGUCUCAUGAACGAAACCAGUACUCUUUGCCUCACCCUAGGAAUUGGCUUACAAAGUGGAACGUUAGAUUUGGGAGCCUCACUGGACGGAACUUCAGUAGGCUCGUUCUCCAUUAGCACCAACAAACCGCCCACGUAUUGCGUUCCUGUAGUCUCACUGGUUUCGCUGGACAUAUGCCUCAAAGUCGACAUUCAGAUGGCCGGCGUUGCAGUCAAGGCCUGUCCCACCUUCUAUACCAACUACAGUAGCAACCAGGUUGUGGCCUAUGACUUCCCCUGCAUCCAAGUUGGACUGAAUGGCGUUAGCCUGGUCUGA